AUGCCAGACGCCACGUUAUACUCGCUGCUUCCGCACCAACGAGCCAUCCGCUUAUUGCGCAUCAAAUCGGGAACCGGUAAAGAAAGAAUUCAGAUCACUCUCGAAACUUUCGACCUCGACUCAAAAACGCAAUUCACUGCGCUCUCAUAUGUCUGGGGCGAUGCAACCUCGCCAUGCAAGAUCACAUGCAAUGGGCACAAGAAGCUGAUUACACGUAAUCUUUGGGGUGUCUUGUCGCAGCUACGGAAACAGCGGUUUGAUUGCCUACUGUGGGUAGACGCUAUCUGCAUCAACCAAAAGGACGAAGAAGAGAAGAGUCUCCAAGUGGCUAUGAUGAGAGACAUCUACAAGCGCGCCGCAAAGGUCAUAUUCUGGCUUGGAGAACAGAAACGAUACGAUGAAGAUGCAGUCAAUCUGAUGAGAGAAUUCCUCAAGCGGUAUCCGGAUCGUUCGGACCUGGAACGACACAGAGUAAAGACUCUGGAGGAGAUGGGCCUUUCUUACUUUGAUCGGCGCUGGGCUGGAUGGGCCUCCCUGUGCUAUCGCCCAUGGUUUAGACGUGCUUGGAUUGUACAAGAGUUCUUGAAUGCGAAGGAAUCCGUGUUCAUGUCUGGCGCACUGGAGAUUCCAACUAAAGUGCUAGUGGAUUGCGGAUACGCCACAGGAGUGUGUGUUGCGAUCAGAGAAGCUGUUAUGAGGCAUAGUAUGAACGCUCAUGAGAUCACAAAUGACAUUUCAAGAUUUCAAGCUCUAGGAAUAUAUCAAUCUAGCGAGGAUAUUCGUAUCUUCGAUCUAUGGUGCUGGAGCCAGCAACUGGAAGCCACAGAUUCUCGAGACCGAGUUUUCGCACUCUUAUCGAUACAAACGGCAGUGAACAUGGACAUGAUCGAUUACCGUAAGGAUGAAGCGACCGUCUAUACAGAAAUUGCAACAAAGGCCCUCAACAUAACAGUUCCUAGGAUCACAUCGACUGGAAAGACUGUUUACACAUCAAAGCACCAAAUUCAUACGAAUGACAUGCGCCGAGUCAGCAGAUUUCUAGCUUGCAAAUAUCACUCCCCACGAUCAUCAAAUUUACCGAGCUGGGUGCCGGACUGGAAGCCUGUUGGAUUCUAUUUUGUUCCCUUGACACGCUACUACACGGGCACUGCAACUUUCACGUAUCCUUAUGAUCAUGCUAUUGUCAAAGACAAAACGUUGUCUAUAUCAGGGAUUAUCUGUGACGAACCUGACAUAAUCAUCGAUUCAAGGCCAUAUAUGGAUCAGCUCUCGCUAACGAGUGUCGGUAAAGACUCAAACAACCAAAAGCCGGGCAAAUACAUGUUGGAUUGGAUGUAUCAGUGUUAUGUAGAGGCAAUGUCGAUUCCUCUACGUUCAGUUAAGAAAGUCGAUUCUCAGGAGUUUUGCCGUGCAAUGGUAUUUGGUGUGCAUCUUGAAGAAACAGUUACACCAGAUAAGGACUACAUGAGGGGGUUCCAGGCACUGUUCAGGAAGUUUGAAAACUUGGCGAGAAGAUCACGCUAUCACCCAAGUUUUCUGCAAAGUCACAGUGAACCAGGCUAUCAUGGCAGGCUGUACGAAAGCAGAUUCUCCGAGCUAUCAGCUGGCCGGAAAUUCUGCAUUACAAGGCAAAGGCAUCUAGCCUGGGUUCCUGUAGAAACCAGGCCGACUGAUCGUAUAUGUAUUCUCGCGGGAUGUGCUGUUCCAUUUGUGGUAAGGCCUGUUGGACAACGUUAUGAACUGCUGGGAGACUGUUAUAGGGAUGACAUGAUGCAAGAGAGAGGCCUUUCGAUUAGUCAAGAGCCCCAUCUGUUUGAAUUCCUGUAG